AUGCAUCAGACAAGUAAAGAUAAAAUUGAUCAAGAAAAAAUUAAAAUAAAUGAAGUGGGCAAGGCAUUUUUUGAAAUCCAAUUUGAUGCUAAAGAAAAAAUUAUUACUAGGUUGAAUGAUGAGAUCAAAGAUUUCAAUAAUAAAAACGAGAAGUUAAAAGGUAAAAUCAAUCGUUUAAAUAAAAAAUUGAAAGAUGAUUACGAAUAUUUAAAAAAGAUUUUGGACGAGAAAACUAAUUUUGAAAAACAAUUAAAGGCGGAAACCGCUCAACUAAAACAAGAAUUCGAUUCUAUGGACGAAACAGGCACAAGUAAAUUAAAAGAACAACACGAUGAAUUCAUUAGAGAAGCCGGAAAAUAUAAAUCGAUUACUGCUAUAUACGUGGGAAGAUUAAAUAAGUUGCAUGAAUUUUCCAAACAAGAACAAAUACUCGAAAAGAAAUACACAGACAUUAAAGAACAAAAUGUAAUCACGGAUAAAAACUAUGAAAUUGCAUUGAAAAAUCUCGAGGAGAAUAAAUAUAAAAGUGAACAAAUCGCUAAAAGAAACAUGUUAAAACGAUGUGUAGAUUUCUCACUACACAUGAAAAAACAAUCAUUGGCGGUUGAAUGUCCUGUUGAAGGGGCGAGUACCAAAGAUGUCCUCGAUCUUAAAGAAAUGGUGGACAUAGGCAAUAAACAGAACGCGAUUCACGAACAAAAAAUUCUCAAUUUGAAGGAAGAAAAUAAAUUACUUAACGAGGCACUUAAAGAAUUAUCGAAAUCGAACCGAGAAAAAAUUAUACAAAAAAAUAUUGAUGAUUAUUCGAAGGAGAAAAACUACGUCGACCUGGGGCCUUACAAUACUCGACAGGAUGUGACAAUUUUGGAAAGUGAACUGACGAACGCGAAGAAUUUGCCAGGAAUACAUCGGCAGGAUAAGGAUAAAGUUACGGUAGGGCGCGUGGCUCCAAUAUCUCUCGUGACCAAUGUCGAAAAAGACGAUGCUAAAAUGCAGUCCGUGGACCAAAACUUAUAUGUGGCCCAGAUGAAGUUGCGUGACAAUCUGUCUGCCAACGAGUUGUUGAAUCGUCGGAUUUGGAAGGCUCAGGACGUGUUGUUAAGUGUCUACGAGAAAGCGUCGGUUCAUUUGGAAGAGAUAAAAUCUAAUACAGACGACUCCAGGGAAAAAAUGAAUAGUUUUAUUCAAAAUCUGGACAAAGAAUUAAGAACGCUUUAGCAUUAAAAAAGGCAAAUUCAAAAAAAUAAACCAUGAGAAACUUGAUACAUUUUUAUAUAGUUCAAGGAUGUUUGAAUUAAAAAUAAUGAUGU